AUGUUCCUCAUUUCGGCGCCUAUUGAAGAUUGCGCUGAAGCUAGCUGGCUAAAAUUGAAAGCUGUCGUUCUCAACUUUGCUACAUUUUCGAGCAUAUCAAUUCCAAAAUUUCGAACUGCCCCAAAAGCUGAACUCUAUGAAUUAUCAAAGGACCUACUGCAACUGGAUCAUUCGGUAGAAAAUUUACUCCGAUCUUUGUUGGGUACUUUCGAGGAUGUUCUGCGAUUGGAAGAUGUUGAUUUGUUGGAGCAUUUGGUAGUUCAGAAGCAGACAUAUGGUGAAAAUAUCACUAAUUUUUCGUGGAAUAUGGCCAAAUACUCACCAUAUUUGUUAUUAUCUGAUUUAUGCCAUCUGUUUUAUAAGCAUUUUCGUAAUCUUGAUCAACAGAUGCGGAACAAUGCUGCAACGUAUAAGGAAAAUCUGAAAAUAGCCACAGAAUACAUCACCGCUGAAGAAACGUUAGCCACUCAGAAUUUGGCUCGGUUAGUACGUGAGGAAACUGUCAUCGAGACGGAAUAUAUCCAAUCAGUUUACAUAGCUGUACCACAACAGUCAGCCAAUACCUGGUUAGAAGUCUAUGAAGCACUUCAUGAUUCUGUGGUAGCAUGUUCCAGUUGCUUCAUUGCCGAAGACAGUGAUUAUAAGUUAUAUUCGGCGGUGGUUGUCCGUGAAGACUUCCUGGAAUUCCGCGAUAACUGCGCUAAAAUUGGUUUCAUUGCUCGGGAAUAUCAAUGUGAUCAGGAAGGUUUCGCCAGAAAGCUUCAUGAACGACGAAAGCUUGAAGAAGCCACAAGGUAUCAAAAUAUAAUGUUCACUCAAUGGCUCAAAGUGAUAGCUGAUGACAUGUUUGAGGUGCUAAUUCACAUUAAGGUGUUCCGAGCAUAUAUUGGGAGUUUAAUACGGUACGGUCGAGGCAAAUUUCAUAUCAUCAUGUUUUAUCCACGAAGCAACUCGUUGCAGCGAUUGCAAUCCGAACUGAGGAAGUUGUAUGCAGAAGAAGAAUACAUAGGUGAAACAGAUCAGCCGGAAUCAGAGAGAAAGUUAAGACAAGGGAAUGACUCUCCACCUUACCUAAUGUAUAAAAUAGGUCUUGCUUUCCCCGAAUAUUAA